CGUUACGAUAUAAUCUAAUUUCUGUACCAACGUGCUGUAUAUUAAUUUUAGUCUAUUUUACAUAUAUGUGUUAAGUUCAUUAUGGCAAGUGAUAUGGAUAGUGUAGUAAUCUCUGAUGAAAGUUUGGAUCUGAAUAGUAGUAAAAAUAAAAAUAUAGAUACAAAUCGAGAGGAAGUGGAGAAUUUUGAACAGUCAUUACUCAGUGCUUCUAAUGGUUUAAUUCUGAACACCACCGAAGAUUUGGAAUUAAGGCGAGAAUUAGAAAGAGAGUACAAAAAACAGCUUCGUGUUGAAGCCAAGAAACUUGCCGAAGAGGAAUCUCUGAAGCAGAGAAGAGAGAAAGCCCUUAAAGGAAUGAAGUAUCUUUUAGGUGUCAGUGAGAAAUAUUCGGAAUUUUUUCAAGAGAAAGUGUUCAGUGAGGAUGUAAAAAAAAAACCGCUUCAGGAAAGAAAUAAGUUCCAGCCCACUGUAGAAGACAUGAAAGAUGCCGUAAAGAUGAAAAGUAAGAAGUCUGGAGGAAAAAAAUAUGCGGAUGUUAGUAAAUUCUUAAAAUUUUUUGAGGGUGGUUCUCUCAGGCCCUACCAAAUUGACGGGGUGACUUGGAUGACGGUUUUGUUUGAGAACGGUUUAAACGGGAUAUUGGCUGACGAGAUGGGUUUGGGUAAAACCAUCCAAGUUAUUGCACUGAUCUGCCACUUACUACAAAGGAAGACCCACGGGCCCUAUCUCAUAGUAGGGCCCUUGUCGACACUUCCCAACUGGCAGGCCGAAUUUGAAAAAUUCGCUCCGCAAGUGCCAGUCGUUCUUUUCCACGGUUCCCAGCAAGAACGACUGAUGCAGUACAGAAUGAUCAAGAAGAGAUAUGAAAUCGGGGGGUUUCUCACGCAACCCGUUAUACUCACCAGUUACCAAAUACCGUUGUUGGAGUAUAACUUUUUAAGACAGUUUGACUGGCAGUACGUGAUCAUAGACGAGGGGCACAGACUGAAAAACCACGAAUCCAAGUUGUCAAAAAUUUUACGUUCCUUAAAUUCCUCAAACAGACUACUGCUAACCGGUACGCCUUUACAAAACAACAUCACAGAACUCUGGGCGUUAUUAAACUUCCUCUUGCCACACGUCUUCAACAACAUGGAUACUUUUGCUUCCCUGCUGAUGGUCGAAGACGUCCAGGACGAGAACAAACUACUGGAACAAGAAGAAAAGACCAAUCUGAUAUCGACUAUUCACAGGGUAUUGGGGCCUUUCAUGUUACGCAGACUGAAAAAGGACGUGCUCACCGACAUGGUACCUAAAAAGGAAGUCACGGUGUUCUGUCCGUUGUCUAAAUUGCAGAGGGAUUUGUACUCUUACGUUAUAUCCAAGAAUCUCUCGAAACUGCUGCGGAAGGAUGAGGAAGAGAUUAGCUACGUUGUGGAUGCUCCCAGAAAGAAACGAAAAUGCGUUGUAAACAGAACCAGCUAUUGCGAAAUAAUAGAUGAAGACGACGAUUCGGACUUUGAGGGCCAACUGAUUACCGAAGAGGAGACUAGAAUCGGCCAGAAGAUAGAAAAGAAGGCCCUGCCUUACAUCACCAGGUUGACUAUGACCAACCCCAUGAUGAUGUUCAAGAAAAUCGUAGAUCACCCUUUCCUUAUCCACUUUCCGUUAGAUCCCAACAGUGAAGAGAAAGCGCUUUUGGUUGACGAGAAUAUAGUGGAGGCCAGCGGUAAAAUGAUGGUUCUCGACACCAUGUUACCCAUACUGAAGAAAAAAGGACACAAGGUCCUGAUAUUCAGCACCUUGGUUAUGUCAUUGGAUUUCAUCGAAGAAUUGAUGAUUCUCCGUGGCCACUCCUACAGAAGGUUGGAUGGUAGUCAGAGGUUAGAGAAUAGGGGAAAAAUUAUCAGUGAGUUUAAUAGUGACCCGGACAUAUUCGCCUUCCUAAUCUCCACCCGAGCCGGCGGCCUUGGUCUGAACCUCACCGGAGCUGAUACUGUGAUAUUCUUCGACAGCGACUGGAAUCCUCAGGCAGACAUACAAGCACAGGACAGGUGCCACAGAAUAGGACAAACGAGGCCCGUCAUGGUAUACACCCUGGUCACCAAAAACACCAUAGACGAGAAGAUCAUCACUCGCGGCCAACAAAAACGAAUGCUGGAAAAAAUAGUUAUAAAAGACGGUAAGUUCAAGAUCAACCAGCAAGAUCGAGUGAUAGUAGAAAACGAACUUAAGGACCUGCAGAAGCUCUUGGAGCAGGAGAAUAACAAUUCCAGCAACGGGUACGUCUUCUCGAAAGAGGAGCUGAAUAAACUGCUGGACAGAUCGGAUUUGUACGAAAUCAUGAGGAAGAAGAACGGCGUGAAGUAAAUCCAUUUCGUGCGAAAAGUUUUUUGACUGCCUUACUGGGUACAUUAUGGAGUAAGAUUUAAAACUUUUUUCUUGUGUUCUUUCUAGUUGAUUUACAGUUUGGACCAAAAACGAUAUUUAUUAAUUUUUUAGAACCUAGACCGUUGUA